GCCCACUUUAGUAUGUUGUUAACUUUACCUCAAGAAAGAUUGAUCUUCGUCUCCACGAACAUUUGACAUAAUAUUCUGAUGUUAACGUUACAGUUACUAUAUUACGUGCUCUAGCUCGUGAAAAGUUAUGUCACCUUCACUGUAAGACCAUGGAGUCGGGCGGAAGAGCAGCACUGUCGAGGAGCCAAUGAAGAAUAGAAACGAAACCCCAGUAUUCUGCUGUCUUAACCAGAGGCGCAUCUCGAGAAACGUAUAAAUGCCCUGGCGUGAAGAGCCGUUGGCGCGAAGAGUGACACAUGUCGUUCUUGGACUGCUCCUGCAUCACCUCCCACUCUCAGGUCCAGCCAGUCAACACAGAGGACCAGUACGAGGACGUCAGUCAACAAUGUCUGGACUGCUCCUCCUGCAUCACCUCCCACUCUCAGGUCCAGCCAGUCAACACAGAGGACCAGUACGAGGACGUCAGUCAACAAUGUCUGGCCAGUGAUGUUCCAGUGUGUUCUGUGUCUGGGAGUGAGGAUGACCUCUCGCUGCUCUCCAAUGACCCGGCCCACUAUCAGCUGCUCUCAGAACUGGGAAGGGGCUUCAAUAACCUGAGCUGUGUGAGCAUGGCGCGCCACAAGCCAACAGGCCGCCUGGUCGCCGUCAAGACCACCAACCUGGACGAAUGCACUGAGGAGGAGCUACUGCAUCUACUGAAUGAGGUGUUGCUGUGUCGCCUGUUCCGCCACCCCAACCUGCUGACGUCUCGACUGGUCUUCAGCUCCAGCUCUCAGCUAUGGGUCCUCUCCCCACUCAUGGACUACGGUUCAGCGGAGUCCCUUCUCAGGUCUUUCUUCCCUGACGGUAUGAGUGAGUCUCUGAUUGGCUACCUGCUGUACGGCGUGCUGCGAGCCCUGGAGUACCUGCACGACAUGGGCUACGUGCACAGGGGAGUGAAGGCGAGUCAUAUCUUGUUGUCAGCUGAGGGCCGCGUGUGUCUGUCUGGGCUGAGCAGUGUCUACAGCAUGAUGCGCGAGGGCAAGAGGGUCAAGGCAGUCUUCGACAUGCCGCAGCACAGCCCCACACUGCUGCCCUGGCUCAGCCCAGAGCUACUCAGACAGGAUCUCCAUGGUUACGGGGUGAAGUCGGACAUCUACAGUCUGGGCAUGGUGGCCUGUGAACUGGUCAGCGGCAGAGUACCCUACCAGGAUAUGCCGCCCACUUUGAUGCUGCUUCAGAAGCUGAGGGGUUCCCACGUCUGCCUGCUAGACGUGCCCCUGGGGGAGCUGGGGGGGCUCAAGCUGUCCCGCUCGGGGGUGGACUCUGGCAUCGGGGAGAGCGUGGCCACGGGGAGCCUGACCAGGGCCGCCACGGCACCCCCGGAGAGGCCCCAGAGCCCCGGGCCCAAGAACCACUCGGCCACGCUGCACAACCUGGUACAGCUGUGUCUACAGCAGCAGCCGGACAACAGACCCUCAGCUUCUGUCCUCCUUGGUCACGCCUUCUUCAAGCAGGUGAAGCGUCACACCAGGGACUCCUUCCAGAGUCUGAUGUACCCGGCGCUGCCCCUGUCCAGCCCCCCCGACACGCCCCCAUCCUGCCCCACCACCACCACCCACCACACCCCCUCCCCCACAGAGGAGGCUCCUGACGGCCAAUGGGAUUUCUCCUAGCAGCCCCACACCACCCACCUUCCUGCCUAUUUUUAAUGACAUGAAGAACAUAAUAUCAUCAUCUUCAUCAUCAUCAUCUUCUAGUCAUAACUGCUGGGCUUUUGUCUUUUUCACUCUUUCUCUCUCCCACACCUUUCUUUGCUCUUUCACAUUGUCCCAUCCUCUCUCUCUCUCUCUCUCUCUCUCUCUCACUUUCUCACUCCAGACGAGUGUAUAGGACCUCCUUACCAUACACUAUAUUUGUUCCGCUGUUUUCAUUCACUACAUCUACACUACGUCUUCACCUUUUGACUCUUUUGAGUCACCAAAUGGACCGUUUUUAAUUAUUACAAACUUGUUUCAUCCACUCACUAAAUUGUCUAAAUGGCUUUCAGUCAAUGCGUACUGUACAUUUCAUUUCCUGCAAGCCAAGUGGAAGAGCUGAAUCAGUGAAGGCACUUAUUUUAAUUGCACAGAUCAGAAGCAACACACACCACCAGGACUUUUAGUGUUAGAGAUGUGAGGAGGUGCUCAUGCCUGCCUUUCAUGGCCGUAACUACCAUUGAGGACACAUAGGUCAUGUCCUCUGUAUUUAUUUUUUGCAGUUAUGUCCAAUUCAUCUAUGAUGAAAAUCGAUAUAUGAUCAACAAUGAUAAAUUCAGUCUGUAUACGCCACCCCCAUUUGCCCUCAAGGCAGUGAUUAAUGAAAACAAACUUAAGAGUUUGACUGAGGUGUUUGAAGCGUUCUAAAUAAACAGUAUGCAGUACAGCA